CACUCACAAAAAUCACUGAUAUAAAUCAUCUCCUCUCCGCCGCUCCUUCAUUCUUUAGCCUAAGCACCACUGCCUCCGACUCAGCUGGGGUUUCCGCAUCUGCUCCAAUGGGAAAGGGAACAGGGAGUUUCGGAAAGAGGAGGAACAAGACCCACACCCUCUGCGUGAGGUGUGGCCGCCGCAGCUUCCAUCUCCAGAAGAGUCGCUGCUCUGCCUGUGCCUUCCCCGCUGCCCGCAAGAGGACAUAUAACUGGAGUGUGAAGGCGAUCCGAAGGAAGACUACUGGAACUGGAAGGAUGAGGUACCUCCGCCACUUGCCUCGCAGGUUCAAGAGCGGCUUCAGAGAGGGUACUCAAGCAGCACCAAGGAAGAAGGGAGCAGCCGCCACUGCUUAAAAGCAUUAUUGAAGAGUGGUAUUGGGUGUAAUUUGCUUGCCAAAUUACAUUUUUCGGUUUUUGAGUUUUUAUGUGUUGAGACUGGUUUUAUGAAGGAGCAAUGUUUGAUGGGUGUCAUAACCUUUUUAAUGAUUUAGCACUUUUUGAUUCCGAUUAGUAUGUAGCUUUCAUUUUGGACAAGGAUGGAUAAUUUCAUUGUUGUUUCCCCAUUUAAUAUUACUUCAUAUUUAUAUAUU